CCGAGAGGGAGGGCAAAAGAGGAAGGCUUGGUGAUUCCUGGCAACGUCUGUUAUUUUGAGAAAAGGCUUCAGCAGCAAACUCCAGAAAAAAACUUCCCAAACCCUUGGACAACUGAGGUUCUGAUGUGAAGUUCUGGAUGGAAAGCGUGCUUAAGUCUGGUGGAACUAGCAAGCUUUUGUUUGGAGGUCCACCGCCGAACGUGCACAAGCCUGUGGGAACACGACCGUUGAGACCGGGGGCGUCUAGAUGAUCCAAGGGGCAGGCAGAGUGUGAGGAGCGGCAGGUAUCGGGGACACACCCGCGCACUCCUAGGAAGGGGACCGACCGUGACAUGGAGGAGGUCUGGACCAGGGCACUGGGCAGUCACUCGGAGGGGAGGUGCGCGAGUUCCGGUUCGGCGUCGGAGGGAGGGUGGGGCUUCGGCGCAGUUUCCGGAGGGACGGCCCGAGCGCGCGGGGCGGGGCUCCAGCGCCGCAGGUCCGGGCUGCGCUCGGACCUCAGGCACAUGCGAAUGACCCGGAGUGUGGACAACGUCCAGUUCCUGCCCUUUCUCACCACGGAAGUCAACAACCUGGGCUGGCUGAGUUAUGGGGCCUUGAAGGCAGACGGGAUCCUCAUCGUCGUCAACACAGUGGGUGCUGCGCUUCAGACCCUGUAUAUCUUGGCAUAUCUGCAUUACUGCCCUCGGAAGGCAAGGCUGGUAGCUCUGCCUAGCCUGAGAUGCCUAUGCUGCCUGCCCUGGGCUUCUGCCAACAAGCUAAGGGGAAAGGGGUUUUGUCUCCAACAAAACCCAUGGCGUGUUGUGCUCCUACAGACUGCAACCCUGCUAGGGGUCCUUCUCCUGGGUUAUGGCUACUUUUGGCUCCUGGUACCCAACCCUGAGGCCCGGCUUCAGCAGCUGGGCCUCUUCUGCAGUGUCUUCACCAUCAGCAUGUACCUCUCACCACUGGCUGACUUGGCUAAGGUCAUUCAGACUAAAUCAACCCAAUGUCUCUCCUACCCACUCACCAUUGCUACCCUUCUCACCUCUGCCUCCUGGUGCCUCUAUGGGUUUCGACUCAGAGAUCCCUACAUCAUGCAGUUCUUGUGAUUUCAGGUGUCCAACUUUCCAGGAAUUGUCACCAGCUUUAUCCGCUUCUGGCUUUUCUGGAAGUACCCCCAGGAGCAAGACAGGAACUAUUGGCUCCUGCAAACCUGAGGCUGCUCACCUGACCACUGGGCACCUUAGUGCCAACCUGAACCAAAGAGACCUCCUUGUUUCAGCUGGGCCUCCUGUCCAGCUUCCCAGGUGCAGUGGGUUGUGGGAACAAGAGAUGACUUUGAGGACAAAGGGACCAAAGAAAGAGCUUUACUUAGAUGAUUGGUUGGGGCCUAAGAGAUGAAAUCACUUUUAUUUUUUAGAGAUUUUUUUUUUUUGAUUUUGGAGGUUGGGGUGCUAUAUUUAGAAUAUGCCUUAAAAGGCAGGGCGUGGUGGCUCACGCCUGUAAUCCCAGCACUUUGGGAGGCCAACGUGGGCCAAUCACCUGAGGUCAGGAGUUUGAGACCAACCUGACCAACAUGGUAAAACCCCAUCUCUACUAAAAAUACAAAAUUAGCUGGGCAUGGUGGCACAUGCCUGUAAUCCCAGCUACUUGGGAGGCUGAGGCAGGAGAACUGCUUGAACCAGGGAGGUGGAGGUUGCAGUGAGCCAAGAUCGUGCCAUUCUGAUAUGAAUAUGCCUUAUAUGCCGAUAUGAAUACGCCUUAAAAUAAAAGUGUUCCCCACCCCUGCC